AUGGCGGAGGGGGAGGGCUCGACGGAGCCUGCUAUAUCAGACACAACACCCAUGAGGAAUGGUGGCAUUCAAGACGGACCGCCAGCCUCUGCGUCGGUUCAGGACGAGGACGGGGAGGAGGACAGGGAGGAGGAUGACGAGGAGGAAGAGCCACGGCUCAAAUACGCCACCGUCAGCAAGCGACUGAGUUCCGUGUACAGAAAUGGAGAUGCCGUCAGCGCGUUUCUUGUCGGAGGUGACAAAAUGAUCGUGGGAACCCAUAACGGCAACAUUCACACUCUAUCUCUGCCGUCAUUCCAGUCUCUACGAGUCUAUCGUGCUCACUCCGCAAGCGUGUCGGCCGUGUCAAUAUCACCUUUCCCUCCCCCACUUCCGCUCCCAAGAACAGACAAUGUCAACAAGUUGGCGUCGGAAAUACGACCUCACUCCACUAGAACCUUUUCAGGGGCCUCGGGAAAGCAGCAAAGCCCAAAACCGUUCGCCAUUGCGGCAACUCCUUCGAACUCGAUUUAUAUAGGUACAGCUUCGAUUGACGGCAAUAUCUGCAUAUCAUCACUUGUCGAUGCAAAGGAUGUCCAGCUACGGAAUUUUGGCAGACCUGUGCAAGCUGUCGCCUUGUCGCCUGAGUACAAGUACGAUCGCAACUACCUCUCGGGAGGUCAGGCCGGAAGCCUGAUUCUCACCACAGGGGGGCAAGCAGGGAAGAGCGCAAAUGCCAGCCUGGGGGGAGCCGCCGCCGCCGCCCAAGGCUGGCUUGGUGCCGUUGGGUUGGGCUCACAUAGUGGGACAGAUAAGGUCCUGCAUAGUGGCGAAGGUGUCAUCAGCAUUAUCAAAUGGUCACUUUCUGGAAAAUAUGUUCUUUGGGUCAACGAGCAUGGUAUGAAGUUGAUGAGAUCAAAUCUACAUCUGAACAGUGCUGAAGCAGGUUCUGAGUGGAAGCGUCUCAGUCACAUCGAUAGACCGAGCCGACAAGGCUGGGAUGAUAUGGCUGGAGUGUGGAAGGCUAGAGCUGAGUGGAUUAACAGAGGAAAUCUGGAAACGGAUGAUGAGCCAAGGACCGGCACAUUGCAGAGCAAUGGCAAGCCCUUGACCUCCUCCAAACCAGACUUUGAAGAAGUUGUAGUCGGCUGGGGUGAUACGGUCUGGCUCAUUCGAGUCCAUGCUGGCAGUAUUGGAACUGGUACAGAGGCAGGUGAGCGAAAGAUUGGACGUGCGGAGGUUACGAAUAUUCUACGUGUGGAUUGCACGAUUGCUGGCAUUUCGCUUUAUACCCAAAAUCUACUUGUUGUUCUUGCACAUACGGAGUCGGCAGAGGAUCAACCAGCAAAAGCAUCCUCCCUCUCUUCUACGAAGAAAGGCAGGCAUCAGCGACAUAAUGCUCUUGAACCAGAGUUACGAUUAAUCGAUAUCAACACAAAGGAAGAGGUCAGUGCUGACACUUUGACUGUCAGCAGGUAUGAAAGUCUUUCUGCGUCAGACUAUCAUCUGGGAGUUCUGCCACCAAUGAGGCUCUCUCUUACAAUCAAUCAGAGAGGAGCAUUCGGUGUCAUAAGUUCAGGCCUGGAAACAAUCGGCCAGGGUGUAUGGGAUGUUUCAAUGUACCCUGGACGCUUGUUCACCUCUGGUGGAAGCAUGCUCUCCGGGAGAAAUAGUGAUGAAAAGGGCAGCAGUACUAAGGUAAGCGAUGUUGCCUCCGGACAGGUCGCGAGUCCAGGCCAUCAACCCAAUCAGGUCAACGAAGUUGCCACAUCCUCUGGCAUGAAGAUCUUUAUCAUCAGCCCCUACGAUUGCAUUGUGGCCUUAAAACGGGACCUCGCGGAUCGACUGCGCUGGCUCCACGAUAUGGGCCGCUAUCAAGAGGCUUGGGAGCUACUGGAUCUACAUCCUGAAGCUGUGGAUUCUAAUACCGAGCCGUCUGAGGUCUCAUCACCGACCACUCCUUCGAGGUCGGGCUCAUUCAUGGCAGGCCCAGGACACAGAACAAACAGUCUUGCGGACUUCUUUACAGACACUAACUCAGUUUCAAGUCCAUCGAAAAAUGACAAUAUCAACUCUGCUGCGGAGAAGGAGAAACGUAAGAUGGGCGAGCUCUGGCUCCAAAAGCUGAUUGCCAACAAGAAUUGGGCUGCAGCAGCGGAAGUUGCAAGCAAGGUGUUGAAUACGUCUUCCAGAUGGGAGCACUGGAUAUGGUUCUUUGUGCGCAACGACAAAUUUGAUGAGAUUAGUCCUAAUGUACCGACGUUCGAGAUCACUCCACCACUGCCAUCGCUCCUUUAUGAGAGGAUCCUUGGCCACUAUGUCUAUUCUGACCGCGCUCGGUUCAAGGAACUUCUCGACCUCUGGCCUCCGACUCUGUUUGAUGCUAGUAGUAUUACCACGGUCGUGGAAGAUCAACUUAGAGAUGCUUUCGCAACACCCAAAGAAAGCAGAGAUUGGCGUAUAUUGCAGGAAUGCCUUGCGAAGCUUUACCUAGCCAGUGGCCGGCCCUCGGACGCUUUACGCUGCUACAUCCGCCUUCAAGAUGCCGACACUGCCUUGACUCUAAUCAAGGAGCAUCAUCUUCUUAGUGACGUCUCAGACGACAUUCCUGGCCUCAUUCUCCUCCGCGUAUCUCAUUCCCAACUCCAACACGCCUCCGUCUCCGAACUUCAAGACCUGACCUCCGAACCUAUCGCACUCCUGGUCGACGAAGCUCACCACGGCACCGUCCAGCCAGACCAAGUUGUUCAUCAAUUAGAUAAGCCCUCCCUCCAGCUCUUCCUCUAUCUCUACCUCCGUGCCCUCUGGCUAGGUCAAGGCGCAACAACCUCUACUGAUCACCAAUCAACUCCCAAAGUCGGCCACUCCGCCUUAUCCACAAACCUGAUCGCCGACGAAGGCAAACUCCUCAUCGAACAAUUUGCCGACACCGCCGUCACCCUCUUCGCAAACUACGACCGCAUCCUCCUUAUGGACUUCCUCCAGACAUCCACAGCCUACACCUUCGACGCCGCUGUCCGCGUCUGCGAAAGCAAACACUACAUCUCGGAACUCGUCUACCUGCUCGCCAAGACGGGCCAAAUGAAGAAAGCGUUAUUUCUCAUCAUCGACGAGCUCAAGGAUGUCGUCCAAGCCAUCUCCUUUGCAAAGCAACAGGAUGAUCCGGACCUCUGGGACGAUCUACUCGAUUACAGCAUGUCCCGGCCGAGAUUUAUCGAGGGCUUGUUGACGGAGGUGGGCACGGCGGUCGACCCGAUCAAGUUAGUCAAGCGGAUCCCGAGUGGGCUUGAGGUUGAGGGGUUGAGAGACGGGCUGAAGAAGAUGGUCAGGGAAUACGAUUUGCAGGAUAGUAUCAGUGUGGGGGUGGCGAGGGUGUUGCAAGGAGAAGUAGCGGUGGGGAUGGAGAAGUUGAGGAAAGGGAGGAGAAGGGGAAUCAAAUUCGAUGUUGAGGCUGGAGGGAGGAAGACUAGGUCGAGGGAUCUGGCAGUGAAGGGGGAGGAUGAUGUAGCAGUGCGGUCCGGGGACGGGGUGAGUUCGAAACCGGGCCAUUGCGCUGGCUGUGAUGCUGUGUUUGGCGAGUAUGAAUCCAGCCCCCUAAUCGGCUUCGCAUGCGGCCACGUCUACCACGCCCCUCACCUACUUCACCCUCCUCCCCGUCACCACCGCCUUAGCAAAUCAACCUCCUCUCCCAAAUCCGCCCGUCGUCCCUCAAGUCCCCCUACUCCGCCACUAGACACUAACGAAGAUUUCGAUAUGGAUCUCUUAUCGGCGCCGUUCACGCGCAGCAUCGGCGCCAAAGUCACCAAUGCACGGUUGCUGAAGAUGCAGAUUGACGAGGUGGGUGGGUGUUGGGUUUGUAAGGACAAGAAGGAGGGGCAUGGUUGA